GAUCGUUUUGCUGACAUCAUCUUACACCAAAAUACGCAUGCUCAUCGUAUUGUAACGUCGUUGCGUUUCAUUCCUUCCUAGGUUUUCCUUAGCAACGAAGAGCGUAUAUGAAGAUAUCAACAUGAAGUCAUUUUUUUCUUCUUUUUCCCUUUCUAUCUCCAAUCCAUCAAUGGAUGUAGCUGUGUUCGAAAAGGUGAAGACAUUAACGCUCCUCAAUGGAUUGAUUUCACCAAUCAUGAUCCUCCUGUUUGUCGUUGAAAUUGGGCAUUCACAAACGUCGUUGAAUUUUAGGGUUUUCUAUCCACCAUUUUCCUGCACCACUUCUUCCAUCGAUUUGUAGAACACCUUUUCUCUCUGUCCAUCCACAAUCAUAUUUUAGUUAAUUUUCUAAUCCGCUAUGGGCCUGCAAAUACACACCGCUUUUCUGCUUUGUUCUCUAUCUCGACAACGAUCGGUCUUUCAAGGAGGCAUCACCAUCAAUCGGGAUCGGAAUCGGCUUUGUUGCCGGAAUUUGAUCACCCCUGUCUUAUAUUAUCAGCCAGAGAAAACCCAUACGGACGUCCUCUCUGAUGCUAGACCAACCUGCUACAAGAAAGAAUCGAAGAUGAAAGCCACAUUACUGAAAAAAAUCAUCGUCCUCUUCAACAUUCAUGUAUUAUAGAGGUUCUCUGAAG